CGCUUCCUCACACUUCUUUAGCGAGACCUGCUCAUGCUUCCACCUUUCCAUAACUUCAUUUCCCUCCCUCCCUCUCUCUCUCUUCGGUCCUGUUAAUCGAACUCUCGGAAGGGCACAGAAGAAGCAGAAAAAUGGAUGGGCACGAUGCAGAUGAUGCCAAAAAGAGCACUGCUGAUAUGACUGCUUUUGUGCAAAAUUUGCUUCAGCAGAUGCAAUCCAGGUUCCAGACAAUGUCUGACUCCAUCGUUACAAAGAUCGAUGAAAUGGGCAACAGGAUAGAUGAGUUGGAGCAGAGCAUCAAUGAUCUCAGAACUGAAAUGGGGGUAGAGGGUUCCCCUUCUCCUUCUGUCCCUCCCAAGGUCAAGGAAGAACCCAAGCCAGGCAACGAAUCUGCUUAAGUUCAUUAUAUCAUCUUCAAAAGCUAUGAAUUCAAGGAAUACGUACUUCUUUGAUCUCGUAUUAUUGUUGUUUUCUUUUUGGAAAAAAAAACUUAUGGAGAGAGCAUCCAAUAGCUUGUUGCCUUGUUGAUCUUUCUCUCUUUUUUUUUUUUUUGUGUGUGUGGGGCAAGGGAAUGGAAUGAAACGGGAGUAUUAAUGCUGAAAUUUAUGGCAUGCUAUGAAAGUGCUUAUGGGUUUGAGAAUUUAA